AAGAGAAUAAAAGAUGACAACAGCAGCCAGACCGACUUUUGAACCUGCCAGAGGUGGAAGAGGAAAAGGAGAAGGGGAUUUGAGCCAGCUCUCAAAGCAAUAUUCAAGCAGAGACCUUCCCUCCCAUACAAAGAUAAAAUACAGACAAACUACACAGGAUGCUCCUGAAGAGGUUCGCAACCGUGACUUUAGGAGAGAACUGGAGGAGAGAGAGAGAGCUGCUGCAAGGGAGAAAAACAGAGACCGUCCGACCCGAGAACAUACAACUUCCUCUUCCGUGUCCAAGAAGCCCCGCUUAGACCAGAUCCCCGCUGCCAACCUUGAUGCCGAUGACCCUCUCACGGAUGAGGACGAUGAGGACUUUGAAGAGGAGAGCGACGACGAUGACACUGCGGCUCUUCUGGCAGAGCUGGAGAAAAUCAAGAAGGAAAGAGCUGAGGAACAGGCCAGAAAGGAACAAGAACAAAAAGCAGAAGAAGAGAGAAUUCGCAUGGAAAAUAUUCUGAGUGGAAACCCUCUCCUUAAUCUCACUGGCCCGUCCCAGCCUCAGGCCAACUUCAAGGUUAAAAGAAGGUGGGACGAUGACGUCGUUUUUAAGAACUGUGCAAAAGGAAUAGAUGAUCAGAAGAAAGACAAAAGAUUUGUAAACGACACACUGCGAUCUGAGUUUCACAAGAAGUUCAUGGAGAAAUAUAUUAAGUAGUACAGUUUUAUGUGCUUAAUUAAAGUCUGAAAUGUUAAA